UAUUUUAAAAUUUAAUAUAAAUGCUUAGAUCUCAAUGCAAAAAUAUGCUCUGGUACAAACGUGAGAUAAUCUAAAGUUUCGGUCUUCAUAGCUUUCAUUUUCAAGUCUUCAUAGCUUUCAUUUAUUCAUCAUGCAGAAAAUGAUCAUUGGUAUCAUCUUUUGUUUGGCAGUUUUCCUUCUUGCUGCUGAAGGUCUUCCACAAGGAGGAGGAGGUGGUGGCAACGCUGGUGGCGGUUUUGGAGGCGGAUUUGGUUUUAGCGGAGGUGCAGGAGCAAGCGGUGGAGGCGGUGGUGGCAGUGAAGGCUGUGGUGGCAAAGGAGGAGCAGAGGGAGGAGCAGGAGGAGGAUUUAACUUUGGAGCUGAGGCUGGAGCAAAAGGCAAUGGAGGUGCUGGAGGUAGCGGUGGAAAGUGAUGAUUUUAUGACUGUAGGAUGAAUAUUUUCCUUCCACAUUUCAACAAUUCCUAACCUGUAUCUCUAAAAAAAUUAGAAAACAUGUUUGCGUACCGAGAUCUUUUUUUAAUAAAUAUGUGCUUGUUCAA